AAAAAAAAACUCCCCGGAUACUGACUAGGCUGAGACCGGCUCGGAACUUUCUAGAAAAGUCGCGGCUUGCCUUUUGCCUUCUGUGUGAGAGGAAGCGGCAGGCUGCUUGCUCGGCUCCCUCAAGCGCUAGACCUCGUGUGGUAUUUUUUUAAAAAAAAUUCUCGGCCGGCGGCGCGAGCGUAUGGUGAGUGAGGGCCGGAAAGGGGCCGCUUCAGCCUCUUCUCCCCACCCCCCCAAAAAAAUUACCCCACCGACGCCCGCUUUUCCCACACAGAACGGGCGGGCAGUUGCGCGGCUGCUCCCAACCCCCCUCCCCUCUCCGCUUGUGUGAGGAAAGGGGGGAGGGGGAGGGGAUCUGGCGCGCGGCUGGUCAGCUGACGCCGGCAUGGCGUGGGGAGGGGGGGGAGAGGAGGGGGGAAAUGUGACUGAACUUUCCCUAAGGAGGGAAUGUGAGACGGUGUGGGGAGGAGGGGGGGCUGGUUGGGCCGUUGGUGUGGAGGGGGGGGGUUGCCUAGAAGCCGGUCGUGACCGUUUUCCAGGUAGGACUUCUCAGGAGGAGAGCCCCUUGAAGCACAAAAGAGGUGUGGGGGUGUGAUCAGCUGUGGGGUGAUUUCUCUUCCUAAGCAUGGAGUUGGUGCUCGCCCCCUUUUCCGUCUGUAGGGGGAAGGGUUGGGGGAGGGGGGGAAGCAGGAAGAGUCUCUCGUCAGAUGUCGUGAGCUGCCCUGUGGUCGUCAGACAGAGGGAAAAGUACAGAUUUAAUAAAUGCAGUGGUACCUCGGGUUACAGACGCUUCAGGUUACAGACUUUGCUAACCCAGAAAUAGUACCCCGGGUUCAGAACUUUGCUUCAGAAUGAGAACAGAACUCUUGCUUCGGCAGUAUGGCAGCAGCUGGAGGCCCCAUUACCUAAAGUGGUGCUUCAGCUUAAGAACGGACCUCCGGAACGAAUUAAGUACGUAACCAGAGGUACCACUGUAUAAAGAUGGGCAUUUCUCUGUAGUGGUCUCAGGUUGGGUGUGAAUUUGUGAGGUGGUUGUGGGGGGCCGGGGAGGCCAAGGUUGUGGGAUGGAACUUCCACCUCCCCGCCAAUAAAGGUGCUUUUGAGGGGUUUGGUGGGGGAGGGGUUGAGAAGCCCACUUGUCAUGUGGAAGUGUGAAGUAUACAAGGGGUACCAUAUUGCUAUUUUGUAGAGAAGUUUGGUUAGCUUGGGGUGAGGGAAUUCCCUUUUAAGGUAAAAGCUAUUGGCCUGAUAGCCCUAAAAGAGUUUGCUUUCAUAAGCAUUUGGGAGACAGGAAUGCUGAAAUUAUGAGAGAGACUGGAAAUACCUCUAGCUUACUGUGUUUGUUUGAUGUAUUUUUCAUGUUCUUAUUUGUCAGUGUUAUCCUUCCCUCCAUGUUGCAGGUAUCAGCUGAACCAUGGUGAAGGAGACCACAUAUUAUGAUGUGCUUGGGGUAAAGCCCAAUGCCUCCCAAGAGGAGCUGAAGAAAGCUUAUAGGAAAUUGGCACUGAAAUAUCAUCCUGAUAAGAAUCCUAAUGAGGGCGAGAAGGCAAGUGUGCAAGCCCCUUCCCUACCACAGACAUUUUGCCAAUUAGUUUUGUGAAACAUGCUUUAUCUGCUAGCUACUUGUCGGUAUUGUACCUAAUGGCUGUGAAUUUAGAGUGGGUUGGGUUCUGGUACCCAGGCAGUAAUACAUAUCCUCUUCCCAGAAUGGGCAUAACAGUCUGAUACUGAUACAAUAGACAUGUCUAGGUCUAUUGCUUCAUACUAUUAGUUUGAGCAUGUGACAUACUUUAGAAUUUGGAGGUGGUGAGCAGAGAGCUAAUAUUGCUAAAUGAGAAGCUAUUGGUACUUGUGCACCUUCUUAUAUUUUAUAACUUACUUUGCCUCUUGUGCAAAACAACCCCUCUAUAGUGCGAAAUGGUUAUCAGAACAUUGAUCAGUUCAAGGCUUUUUAAGACUAAACACCUUUGUCUUUUGCUUUUAAGAAGCUUUGAAAAGCUUAAAUGCAAAAGCAUGACUGCUGUCCUUGCAAAUUCUGAAGGUUCACAAAUGGAAAGGCUGACCAUCUUAACCUUUAGAAAUUUCACAUCGACUCCAAAUAUGAUUUAAAAGGCCUGACUUUAGUCUUGAACAGCCAGCUGGAUUUCUGUGGAGCAUUACGUUCAGAUAGUGGUGCUAAAGAAAUGUUACAAUAGUACAGGUAAUCUGUGAAUAUUCUGUAAAGAGGUUAAACUUUUCUUUUUAAUCUUGUAGUUCAAACAGAUUUCCCAAGCCUAUGAAGUACUUUCUGAUCCUAAGAAAAGAGAUUUGUAUGAUAAAGGUGGUGAACAAGCUAUAAAAGAGGGUGGUACUGGAAGCAGCUUUGGGUCACCCAUGGAUAUAUUUGAUAUGUUCUUUGGAGGUGGUGGAAGAAUGCAAAGAGAAAGGAGAGGUAAUGUCCAACUUUUUUUGAACUAGUUCAUGCAAGUGAUUGUAGUUCAACCAAUAAAAGCAGAUUGCAUGGGCAAAGAGAACAGAUGAGAUUUCCAUUUGAAAGUGAAGGUGGCCCACUCAUUUAGCUGCACCUUAUUAAUAUCAUGAGUUGCUUUGGUGACUCCAGUUAAAAUAAAUCCCAAUCUUAAGGACUUAAAUUUUAUUAAAAUAUCCAUUUGUAGUACUUAUAAAGUGCUUCAAAUUCUAGUUUCUGAUAUUUGAAAGUUACUAAUGUGGAACAUCAGGUAUAUAAAUGAUAAAAGUUGAGCUACAAAGAGUGUUGUUGUUUUGUUAAAAACACACAAUAAACACCUUACUUACAUAGCAUCCCAAAAGAGUUUUCUGACUUGAUGUAAGCUAUUCAUGUUUACUUGGAAAUGUUCCACUAAGUUCAAUAUAUUACUAUUUCGUAAAUGUGCCUGAUGUGCUAGAUCUGCCAUGUUACUUCUCCCCAGCCCAUUUGGAUUGUUCUGUCCAUUUCUCAAGAAAUCCACCUUUCCCUGGUUAGAUCAGGCAGCACAGAACUCCCUCCCUUACAGUGGGAUCAGGGAUCUUGCUUAAUGUCAAUUAGCAGUGAUCAUAGUUGAAACUUACCGUAGAAUGGCUUCCCAGGUUGGAGAAAAUGAAUUUGAAAGUUAAAAUGUAUUGGUAAGCAAGAAUUUGAUGGAUAUUGGAAAACAUAACCUGAACUGAAAUACAAUCAGAUGCCAAUCAUAUUGGUCCUCAACAAAAUGCCUUUCCUUACAGGUAAAAAUGUUGUCCAUCAGUUGUCAGUUACUCUAGAAGACUUGUACAAUGGAGCAACGCGAAAACUGGCUCUACAGAAGAAUGUCAUUUGUGACAAAUGUGAAGGUACACUGAUAAACUUUUGUUCUUUGGGAUGAGGGAGGUGAAAAGUCAUAUUGGAGACAGUGCAGUUGUAAAGGGAGGGAAAUAAGCAUGUAGUGAUCUUGUGCUUAGUUUCUUUGAUGCUGUUUUCUAGGCCGAGGCGGCAAGAAAGGUGCUGUGGAAUGCUGCCUUAAUUGCCGAGGAACAGGCAUGCAAAUUAGAAUUCAUCAGAUAGGGCCUGGAAUGGUUCAGCAGAUCCAGUCUGUCUGUAUGGAAUGUCAGGGCCACGGGGAGCGCAUUAGUCCCAAGGACAGGUGUAAAAGCUGCACUGGAAGGAAGAUUGUUAGAGAGAAGAAAAUCCUGGAAGUCCAUAUUGAUAAAGGUAUGUGUCUCAUUUUGGGUCUCUAGUUUUAAACCCAAUUAUUUUUGAGGGAGCAAGUAUGGAGAAUGCUCACAAAAGUUACAGAAGAAUUGCUGCUGCUAUUGCAGCCUACUUGGUAAUACAAGUAGCCUGCAGGUAAUUUAGCCAAACACCUGAUAUGAUCUGGAUAAGUUGAAGAAUUGCAUGAGAAUCUCCACAGUCAAGAAACAUAGUUCUGUGGAAAACAACGCAGUUGUUCCUUUUAGCAGCCCUGUUGGAAGCCCCAGACCUGCAAGUAAGGCAGUGAAAUAAGCCAACCUACAGACAAGAUAAGUGUUUCUGCAUGCUUAGAUACCUGGAGAAUACAAAAAAUGCAAAUUUUCUGGGCAACCAGGAAUUUGGGACCUGCCCCAAAGCUUGGAACACAAAGUCAAAGGCAAAAGGAUGUGCCUCUGCUGUCUCUGUUCAGCUCCCAAAUCUUCAAGAGGUGACAGAGCCACCAAGCUGCCACAGAGACAAGUCAGUGCAUCUUCCCCUUCCCUCUUCAACUUGAAGCCAGAGAGAUGAUGUAAAUGUUUGUUUUGGCUUACUGCUUGCUCAGGUAUUGGGAGGAAGCUUUGGGUUUGUUUCACUCACCAGAAGCUGGCUGAGCACUGGCCAUGAGAUUGUCACGCCCUGAAGGUUGAAAUAUUCUCACUGCCACAAAUACCAGGCAACUGGGGAUGAGGAGAAUGGUGUGCCUAAGCCAUUAACAUAGUAUUCUGGAGGAGUGUUGGAGAACGCUUUAUAGGAGUUCUGAGGGAGAAUUAUUAGGCUUGGAGGAGGUGUUUCAUUCUAGGUUAACUUCUGGACUUUCAGUUGUGAUGGAAGAAAAGCUUCCAACAACUUAAGUUUCUUUGGGUGGUUGGGAAAAGGGUUUCAAAAUAGGGUUGGUAGAUGUGAACCAUGAGGUACAUGUCUCUCCUAAACUCCCCCAUAGCCAUAGGAAAGGGAAGAGUAUCCCUUGCAGGGUUGAAUCUACAUGAACAGCUUGUAGCUUUACUAACCCUGAACCUCUGUAACCAGCACAGUAGGGAAAUGGUGUAAUGGUGUUAGACUGCUAAAAUGCAGAACUGAAUGAGGAGGAAGCUAUUUAAAAUCUGGGGGAAUUGAAAUAUAUGCAAUACUUACUUCACUGCUUUAACAAUAUAAAAUCAUAAUUUGAAACGUAAGAGAUUUACAUGCUAAUGGUUUGGUACAUUUAUGAAAUUUAUUGAACACUCCUAUACAUUUACUUGGAUAAUCGUAGACCAUAAUGAAUGUUAACAAGUGCCUAAAGGUAAAGGGACCCCUGACCAUUAGGUCCAGUUGUGGCCGACUCUGGGGUUGCGGUGCUCAUCUCACUAUUGGCUGAGGGAGCUGGCAUACAGCUUCCGGGUCAUGUGGCCAGCAUGACUAAGCCACUUCUGGCGAACCAGAGCAGCGCACGGAAACGCCGUUUACCUUCCCGCUGGAGCAGUACCUAUUUAUCUACUUGCACUUUGACAUGCUUUCGAACUGCUAGGUUGGCAGGAGCAGGGACCGAGCAACGGGAGCUUGCUCCGUUGCGGGGAUUCGAACCGCCAACCUUCUGAUCGGCAAGUCCUAGGCUCUGUGGUUUAACCCACAGCGCCACCCGUGUCCCUAACAAGUGCCUACAAGAGGCAUAAACAGGAAAACCUGAAAGAAUUUAGAAGAUUAGGUGGAAACCACACUAUAGUGGAGUGUUGCAUGAUGGAAGAUGAGUGAUGACUUCCAUUAAUUAUUUGGCUCGUAUCCAUCCUGUCUUACCACUCAUACCACAGACUCACUUCUGGAACUGGACUUCCUCUUCCUCUCUUUUCUGGAGCUGAUUUUGGGGAGACAAUAAGGAGAAUAGAGGAAGUCCCAUUGCCCAAGGAGAGUGCCAAUUGUGCAAUGCGAGAUACUACCCCUUUGCUUUGGGUGUUGUGUGGGACCCCCUCUUCUGGAGUUAGUUUUGUUUUUGUUCUUGAAGUUAUGUAUUGGUUGAAAAGUAAAUUUUUAAAAAGAUAUGAGAUGGAAGAUGUUCACCUAGUUCUCACAUUAAUUGUGGGUACAUAGUGGUUCCUAAGAGUUGUGGGAGAGUUCUGUGUCUGUCAUAGUUAGUGUUCAGAAAUUUGGCUUUGGUGGCUGUUUAAAUCUUGCUUUUCAUUGGAGGUUGGAAUCGCAAUAUGACUAAUGCUGUACAGCUUUAGUACAAAAGCUUUGGGAAACAUAUUAAAACAUUUUUUAUUCUACCUUAAUAAAAGUUUUAAUAUGUUUCCCAAAGCUUUUGUACUAAAGCUGUACAGCAUUAGUCAUAUUGUGAUUCCAACCUCCAGUGAAUACUUUGAGUGUGUAAAUAAUAAAUUUAAAAGGCAUAAAAAUCAGGCAGAGCUGCAGGUAGAAUAUAGUCCAUAAUGCAGAAAGCCUAACCAAAAAGCCAGUGAGGAAUAGUAAUACCUGUUAAUGUCUAUAAUGCCAUGAUAUUUUUGUGCUAUUUUUCCAUCUUACAUGGUGCUUUUGCAAUAGGAAUGAAAGAUGGUCAGAAGAUAACUUUUCAUGGUGAAGGUGACCAAGAACCAGGAUUGGAGCCAGGAGAUAUUAUCAUUGUCCUGGAUCAAAAGGACCAUACUCUGUUUACAAGGUAAAUUUGUGAUCGUACUGCUAUAGCAAUUUUAACUAUGUUAAUAUGUAAGGGCUGGUUUUUAUAUGUGUAUGUUGCCAGUCUCAGGGUUUGUUUAUUGGAUCAGAGGAAGCUAUAGUUGGAGAAUAAGGUUUUAAUAAUUCAGUGAGAAUAGAGGAUAGCCAUAAAGGAGCAAAGUUAAAAAUCCAAUCAUUACUCUUAGAGAUGGGGCAGCUACUAUAGGUCUUCAGGAGUAACAGAUGUAAAUUAGGCGGUGGGGAAUCACUUUUGGCUGGAGUACCAGAUCUAAAAGUGACCAGGCCUUCAAUGAACCACAGUAAUAGGUAUAGUUUACUGUGCUCCUGAUUGUUCUUUUGCCGCCAUGGCUCAUGUUUAAAUUUGGUGCCAAACGCACGACACAUCUGCAAAGGAACCACUGGGAACAUAAGCUGAUUCCCAGUGGUUCCUUUGUAGCUGUGGAUUUACCUGUGAUGUGCCUGAUGAAAAAAAUCUGAAAACAAGCUGUUCCUUGAUACAAAUCUAGCCACAAGAUUCUGUAGCUUGGGAGUACUUUCCCCACUGACUGCUAAUAUAGAAGACAGAGAUAGUAAGUGGUUAGUGUAGGGAAGCCUCAUUGCUUGAUAAACCCUCAGUCUUCAGUGUGCAUUAGUAUCCAUGGUGGUGGGUGGGUGCAGUUUUGCCAUGCUUUUGUCACCACAGGUGCGAAUAAGAAAACUGGUAGAAAACCUUGCUAGUUGGUAAAAUAGUCAUCUGUACUGGGCGAUACUGACUUGCUUUAAAGCAGGCUUGGGAGAUGUGGUGAAGCUCUGAAAAUCGGGGUGACUGGAUGUAGUUGCUUUUCAGUUUAAUACAUUACGUUCACAUCCAUAGUAUCCAUUAUAGCAAAGCUAACCACUUAGAAAUAGAACAGACAUAGAAACAUGACCACCCCACCCCACCCACUACUCCCCCCCUUUCCCCUUUUCUUCCUAACCUAACAUUGUAUGUAACAUUAAUGUCUCAUAACAAAUGCAACUGAAUUGUAGAAAUCAUAACUUGAAGAACAAGGCAUCACACUGUUUUUGUAUGCUUAAGAAAUCUUUAAUAAAAAACAUUAAAAAAAUAAAAAGAAAUAGAACAGACAGCUGCAAUAGCAUUUCCCGCCCCUCCCCCCCUAAAACUGUGGGUCUUCAAAGGCCCUAGGAUCAGAAUAAACUAUGGGGUACUUCCAGUCCUGCAGGAGUAAGAGUUGCUUCUACAACAAAAUGUGUAAAGACUGUAUGAGUGAAGUUCUCAGAACUGUGUUAAGGAUUUGAACUUAACUCAGGAGCAGCCAGUGUUGUGCCCUCCAGAUGUUGCUGAACUACAGCUCCCCUCACACCUCACUGUUGACUAUGCUAGCGGGGGGCUGAUAGGAAUUGUAGUCCCAGCACCACUUGGAAGGCAUCCUGUGGCAGAUAGUUCUUUGUCUCUACAGACGAGGUGAAGACUUGGUCAUGAGCAUGGAUAUCCAACUAGUUGAGGCACUGUGUGGUUUUCAGAAGCCAAUUACAAUGCUGGAUAAUCGAACCAUAAUCAUUACUUCUCAUCCUGGUAAGUAUUAAGAACAGGUAUUUUGGUAUAUUUUCCUAUUGCUUACUUUGGGUGGUAAAACUUCCAAGUAAUAUUUUGAGCUAAUAAUCACAUGAAAAUGAAAUGCGCUCAAAUCUAUGGAAUACAGACUUGUGACACAACAAAUACUGUAUGUCAAACCUAGUAGUGAAAUACCAGCUGCCGAGAUCCACAAGUGAGGAGGGUGGUGUUGCACUCAAGUCUUGUGUGAGAGCUUUCACCAUCUGGUUGGCCCUGUGAGAUCAGGAUUCUGGUGGUUCUUUGGCUUGAUGUUGCAGGGCUCUUAAUGUCUUAGAAAAUUAUAGCGGUGUACAAAUAGUAUUUCAGUGAUAAGACUCCUAUUGCCUUGGAGAAAUGUCACCAUCACUUGCAGCUGUUCUUUGACAUGAUAAAAUGGAAAUAAAGUUUGCAAAUAGAUGUUGGAAGUACUCUUAAUACAAUACUGAACAUUAAUCCCGGUUUGAUUUGGAAGCAAAGAUCUCUUCUGUUCGCCGGUUUCCACUUCCAAUACUUGGUGAUAUCUGUGCAAAGUGAAGUUUCACUACACUUUUCUGCAUGACAUAGCUACUUCUGCAUGGUUGUUUGGGCAUCUUCAUUCUCUCUUGCCUUGCUAUAUCUAUUAAAUUUUAAGCAUUUUUCACAGGGAAUAGUCUUACUACUCUGCACAGAGAGUAGUAGAAUGCUAAUAAAAACAGGUUUAUUGAUGAGGAUAACCCUUUAUCCUUUUGAUUCUUAGGUCAUAUUGUUAAACAUGGAGAUAUUAAGUGUGUACUGAAUGAAGGAAUGCCCAUCUAUCGCAGGCCAUAUGAAAAAGGCCGUCUGAUCAUUGAGUUCAAGGUAAGAUGCAGUUGUCAAAAGCCACCGAUUAAAUGAAAUUUAUUCAGUAAAGCAGCUUCUACUCAUGUUAGAAAAUACUGCCAUGUGAGGUUUAAUAUACUGUGCUUUAAAAGAAAAAGUUGACAUUAAUUUACAUAGCUACGCAAAUGUGCCUUCUGCUUGCGAAUAUCUGCCUGCCAAACCGUAUUGUAUACACACACCUAUCUAGAGAUGUAAUAUGCAUGCAGUGCGCUAAUAGUGUGCCCUAAUUUCAGGUGAUCUUUCCAGAUGGUGGCUUCCUUUCCUCAGAUAAGCUGUGUCUAUUAGAAAAGCUGCUACCUCCAAGGCAAGAAGUGGAAGAAACUGAAGAUGCGGAUCAGGUAGAGUUGGUGGACUUUGACCCAUCUCAGGAAAGAAGACAACAUUACAAUGGGGAAGCCUAUGAAGAUGAUGAGCAUCAUCCCAGAGGUGGUGUCCAGUGCCAGACCUCUUAAAAUGGCCUCAUGAUUCCCCUUGUGCUGCUUACCCUGUAUGUCAGUUGUGGAUGAGUGAAGGACUAAAUUUGCUAAACUUUCUCUCAAACUUGCCAUCAUCCCUGUAAUAUUUAAAACAUAGUUGUUUUUAAAUCAAGUUAACAAAUUUAAAUCAGUAAAAUGCUACACUUCAAUCAAGUUGGAAUGAUGUUCAUAUUUCCGUAUGACCUCUUAAGGAAACUAGAAGCCACUUUGCUCUGGCUUUUUUUAUUUUGUGCAUUGUAAGUGUAUUGUGUGCAAACGCACUGGCUUAGUAUUCAGUGAUUUCUGUUUAGUAUUAUAAAUUAUAUUCCCUUUGAAGUAAUGCACAUGUAUUUAUGAUUCAUGUUUAAAAUGUGAAAUUAAAGUUUUGUAUUCAUCUGCUCCUAGAAUAAGUUGGUGUGUUUUGGAUGUAUUGUGGCUGGUUGAGACUUCACAAGACACUGUCCUGUGCUGGAAAGUAAAAGCCCCCCCUCCACCCCCAGCUUUAGCUAGAAUGCUGUGCAAACAUGCUCUGUUAAUUUUAUACAGGAUCUUAACAUGGCUAAUGGGUGAAAGGUGUUGAAAAUUCAGCCUGCCUAGUGCUUAUGUAUGAUGAAGAUCAGAAUGUUCAGGCUUGCUGUGAACAGGAAAUACUUGGCACCUUGAACAAUGGCAACCAUGCAACUGAAAGCAGCAUGAUUAUUCUUGGACUAAAGGCAGAAAAAUAUAUAGUAUCUACAACUUUAAAUAGGAAAGGUGGACCAUUUGAACUUAUUAAUAUUUAUCUUUAAGUGAGCCUAUUAACAAUAUUCAAGUUCUUAGACUGCAUGAGUACUUCUAGAAAAUCCCUAACUCUGACACUGAACUAGUGUCAAAAGAAUUCCGAUAGUUUUGUGUGAAGUUUCUUAUAAGGGCUACCUCUACAAUUAGCCAUUUCAACAUGUUAACUGGUUUUAUAACUAAAUGGGAUAUAGCUUACUAAAAUGGCUUGAUAUUCCAGUUCAUAGCUGGGCCUUGAUAACUAAGCCAGGGGCUUAAUAGAUUCAAGUGCCUCUUGAGACUCAGCUCUACCUAAGCUGACACUUGAUUAAUUUUUUUUUAAGAAUUCCAUUGCAAACAUCCCUAUUAUAAGAAUGAGCCCAGCACAUAGUGCAUCAUGCUGUACAUACAGAGCAAGUGAGCUAACAAUAGCAGUCUAGUUUUUCACAUCCAUGAUCUUAUAUUUGAGGUUUUGAUCUAUGACUUCUUUCUAGUCUCUAGUCUGGGGUUUGAUUAAGCUGUAUAGCAAAUUAUCAUGGUCCCUGUGAUAAGGAUGAGUUAGUUUAAUUGAGUAUGUUACUUCUAAAAAAUGCUUGCAUAUUGUACUUCAAACAUGAGUUUCAACCUAUAGGGGGAAUAAAUACUGUCCUUACUUCUAACAG